UAAUCGUAACGAAAUUUUAAAUGUAAACAACAUAACGUAGCGGUGGCUCAAGGAAGAAACACACACGAACGAGCUUGAAAACGGGCGCGAGCCAGCUUCUUUACGCGAACUACCAAACACAGGCGGAAAGAAAAAAAAAAAACCAAAUGCAAGCUAAUUUUACAAGUCAACCGUGAAAUCAUAACGUUCGACAAAACGAAUUGUGAAUAUGGGAAAUUUAAAAGUGAAAAUAAUGAAAGUGUGAAAGGAUUUAUUUGUUUAUUCAUGGAAUGUUUUUAAUCGAAAGGAUAAUGAGAAAAUACAUGAAAGUUUGCGAUAUUUUUUAAAGAUAAAGAAAAAAUUAGUUGUCAUAAAUUUAAAAAAAUAAAUAUAAAAGUGAAAAAAUAAAAAUGCAAAAGAGAAUUUUUUAUUCAUGUACUCUAACCCUGGCGCUAACCUUUAUGUUCUGCUACAGCAUAGAGGGUUUGAUUUUCAGUCAAACGGAUUUAAAAAAUUUCGUCCAAAGUGGUGUUUGGGAUGUAAAUGUUUUACGCUGCAUGUUAAGGAAUAAUCGAAUAUGCCCAAGUCCAUACAUAAUGUAUCGUCUAUAUGCACCGAAAUCGUCACGGUAUGGUGUUGCCAUUAAUAUCCAUAAUCCUAUGACAUUGUUCCAAGGCGGUUUCAGCAGCAAGCGUGAUACCGUAUUUAUCGUCCAUGGCUUCAAUGGAACGGCGACAGAUAAACAUUUGCAGUUUUUAAGGGAUGCAUAUCUAUCGAGAGACUUCAAUGUCAUUACCGUCGAUUGGAGGCCAUUGACUGAAUAUCCAUGCUAUUUGCAAUCGCUGAUAAACACCAGAUUGACGGCGCAGUGUACGGCACAGAUGUAUUCAUUUCUAACACAUUAUGGGGCCACCAGAGAGAAAAUCACCUGCGUUGGCCACUCGUUGGGCGCCCAUAUUUGCGGCAUGGUCAGCAAUCAUUUGAAUGUCAAACAAUACCGCAUAAUUGGCCUCGAUCCGGCCAGACCUCUAAUAGAACGCAAGAAAAGUAAUCAGUUUCGCUUGUCAUUGGACGAUGCCAAUGUCAUUCAAGUAAUACACACAAAUGCCGGCUACUUGGGUCAGGAAGAGAAUACUGGACAUUUAAAUUAUUGUGUCAAUGGUGGACGGGUACAGCCAUACUGUAAAGGAAGUCCCAUAAGACGAUCUCGAUGUUCACACUUUUUAAGUAUUUGCUAUUUGGCAUCGGCUGUGUUUAAACAUCGCCGCUAUUUGGGUGUACCAUGUCCGACGGGUUGUGUCGAUGUAACCGGACCAAAACGUCGACCCGUCUCCAGUGCAAAUCCCUUUAAUGCUAUAUCACAAAUUGGAGAAUAUUAUAUGGGAAAUGAUGCGCCGGACAAUGCCAAAGGUUGUGUCUGCAUCGAUGUACCAUUUGUCCGGCAUUGUCCCUUCAGCGAAGUAACGUAACAAAUUCAAAAUUAGUAAAAUAGUAUUAACAUAGUUAUGUGUUGAAAUGACAUAUUGACUUGUGCAAAAAAAUCCGGUAACCGGAGUAGGUCCAUUUACACCCUAGUUGUAAGUAUUUUCAUUACUGUUUGUUAAUGUUAUUUAACUAGUUUAAUUUUAAAUCUAUUUAUUGUCAUUAGUCUAAAUAAAUUAAAUAAAGAAGUAACUAAAA